GAGAAAAAACUAUAGUUCUUAAAUCUGUCAUACCAGCUGAUCAGCUUCCAGACACACCUGCUAACAUGUACAUCUCAAUUUCUGGUAUAGAGAUCAGUCAGACAGUCGAGCAGGCCAUCAAUGGAAGUUUCAUGGGUAGCCUUAUUGUCCAACCCAGUGGAUGUGGAGAACAGAACAUGAUCGGUAUGACUCUACCUCUCAUUGCCACUCAUUAUCUGGACAGCACCAAUCAGUGGGACACUAUUGGCACCGAGCGCCGUAAUGAAGCCAUCAACCAUAUCAAAACAGGUUAUCAAGGUCAGCUUAAAUACCGGAAACCUGAUGGAUCUUACGCUAUCUGGAAAACAACGCCAAGUAGCACAUGGUUGACAGCAUAUGUGGCCAAAGUCUUCGCCAUGGCCAGUAACCUUGCUAAUAUAGAGGAAAAUGUGCUCUGCAGCGCCCUCAAGUGGCUGAUUCUGCACAAACAACUGCCAGACGGUUCCUUUAAAGAGGAUUCAGCUGUACGUCAAAGCGAGAUGGUGGGUGGCGUACGUGGCAAAGAUGCUGAUGCCUCUCUGACGGCCUUUGUACUAAUUGCCAUGCAAGAGGGCAGAGAGAUCUGUGCUGGAUCAAUAAGUAGUCUGCAUGAAAGUAUGAGGAAGGCUGUGUCUUUCUUGGAAGGUCGACUUCCACAACUGACCAAUCCUUACGCUGUUGCGAUGACGUCCUAUGCCAUGGCCAAUGAGAACAAACUCAAAAAAGACAUCUUGAUGAAACACUCCUCACAACACGAAGCUGGUCGGUCCUGGACUGUCUCUGGACAGCAUUAUCACUCACUAGAGGCGACGGCUUAUGCUGUGUUGGCGCUUGUGAAGGUCAAAGACUUUGAUAAAGCAGGAGAAGCAGUGCACUGGCUGAACAGACAACAGUCUCACUAUGGUGGUUAUGGCACCACACAGGCGACCAUCAUAGUAUUCCAGGCCGUGGCAGAGUAUCGCACGCAGGUGAAGGACCAACAAAACUUCAAUCUGGAUGUGGAACUGUCCGUGGUAGGUAGAAGAAAACCUGUCAGAUGGACCAUUCAAAGAAAUAAUGUUCAUCUUACACGGUCAGACAGGGUGGAGAUAAACAAGGAGUUCAAUGUAACUGCUAGAGGAACUGGAAGAGCCACUCUCUCACUUCUGACGCUGUACUACGCCAGACCUGCUGAGAAGAAAUCUGACUGUACUUUCUUUGAUCUGACUGUUAAAAUGGAGAAAGACAAUGAAGAAAAAAAAGGAACCAUUGCAAGCUACAACUUCAUUAUGGAUUUCUUGUACAAAAAUGAUACAAUUGAUGCCACCAUGACUAUUCUGGAUAUUGGCUUACCGACUGGAUUUGAUGUUGAAGAAAAUGAUCUUAAAGAGUUGUCUUCAGGGAAGGAGAGAUACAUUCAGAAAUAUGAAAAGAAUAAAGAUCUUUCAGAGCGAGGAUCCCUCAUCCUCUACUUAAACAAGGUUUCUCAUAAAGAGAGAGAAACAAUUGCUUUCAGAAUGCACCAGACGCUUGAUGUGGGUCAGCUACAACCUGCUGCAGUCACAAUAUAUGAAUAUUACUCACCAGAUAAACGCUGUACAAAGUUCUACCACCCCAACAGGGCAGAUGGUGCUCUAUACAGACUGUGUAAAGAAGACCUGUGCCAGUGUGCAGAAGAAAACUGCACUUUCCAGAAGAAAAACAAUACCAGAGAAGAGGAGCGUUUAAAUAAAGCCUGUGAAGGUGGCAUGGAUUAUGUUUAUAAAGCCACAGUGGUGGGGAUGAACCAGACAAUGCACUCUGACAUCUAUGACAUGAAGGUGGAGAAGGUGGUGAAAGAAGAUGUUCUGAUUAUUCUGAUGUUUUAUUCUGAUGUUUUAUCACAAAUCCAACAUUAUAAUCAGCUUUGUGAUAUUAAAAUGAUUGAAAUAUAACCAUAAGAGACUUAAAGGAUAAUUUCUGGAUAUCUGAAUAGAUAUCAUCUUAAUUAAAUUUGUGAAUUUAAUCACAUAGAAGCCUUAUGAAUAAUUUACUCCAUUCUAGAAUAUUCAAGAAGGAAAACCUCAUGAUCCCUGUGAGUGGAGCGUCUCAGGUCUGGAUGCUUAUAUGUAUGAAUAAGAGAAAACUAAUAAAAGUUUCACAGUAGUUACA